UAUGGUUCAGCACCCAGGAAUGCCUGAGCUCCUUUCCAUGCCGUAUAUAAAUAGUGCACAGCUAUUUCACAGUUUCACGUUCAGUUUGCAGGCUUCCAACAGUAUACCCAAACCCCUCUCUACUCCCUUAGCACUCAGCUUCUUGAUGUGACUCAACAUCAAUUACAGCAGAGGUUUGUCCCAGGCCAAGAAAGCUUUGAUUUGUGACUCCUGUGCAUUGUCGCCCUCGUUCCCGACGGUCGGCGUGAAGUCAGCAGCGCCCAGGGCUUCUCCUGUGGGUUUUCCCAGCCCUGUGAUGAGUUCAGCUCCGUGGUUAAGCCGACAGCUGAGUUUCAGUACCUUGGGCACGUCCAGCAGCGCUGGCUCAGUCCGUGGAAGGAAGUCAGAGAGGCUCCAGCUGGAUGGAUAACUAGCGGAGUUGGUUUUUACGCUAACUCCGUCCCGCUGCCCGACGGAGAUAAGGGGCUGGUCAAAACCAGGGCAAUUUUUAGACUCUCUCCCAAGUGCUGCCUGUCUUUUGUUUGGCACAGGACUUGUCAUGUCUCCCUUCCUGCGUAUUGGUUUGUCCAACUAUGACAGCGGCCCUUACCUGCCGUCCCAGGGGGAGGUGAUUAACCCCUACUGCGCCGUGAUGGUUAAAGAAGCCGUGGAGUCAGAGAAUGGCCAAGUGUAUGUGCAGAAGAAGCCCACCAUGUACCCACCCUGGAACAGCACUUUUGAUGCCCACAUCAACAAUGGCCGGGUCAUGCACAUUGUGGUCAAGGACAAAAGUGCUGAAAUGGUCUCAGAGACCACAGUGGAGCUCAAGGUGCUGGCAGAGAGGUGCAAAAAGAGCAAUGGGAAGACAGAGAUAUGGCUAGAACUGAAGCCUCAAGGGCGAAUGCUGAUGAAUGCGAGAUACUUCUUGGAAAUCAGUGAUGCAAAGGACCUGGCUGACUGUGAGACUGAAGGCUUCUUCUCCUUGCACCAGCGCAGGGGAGCCAUCAAACAGGCCAAAAUCCACAACGUCAAAUGCCACGAGUUCACAGCCACCUUCUUUCCACAGCCCACCUUCUGCUCCGUGUGCCACGAGUUUGUAUGGGGUCUGAAUAAACAAGGCUAUCAAUGCAGACAAUGUAACGCUGCCAUUCAUAAGAAGUGCAUUGAUAAAGUAAUAGCCAAGUGUACAGGAUCAGCAAUCAAUAGCAGAGAAACAAUGUUCCACAAGGAAAGGUUCAAGAUCGACAUGCCCCACCGCUUCAAAGUGUACAACUACAAGAGCCCCACCUUCUGUGAGCACUGUGGCACCCUCCUCUGGGGCCUGGCACGGCAGGGGCUGAAGUGUGACGCUUGUGGCAUGAAUGUCCACCACAAGUGCCAGGCAAAAGUAGCAAAUCUCUGUGGAGUGAACCAGAAACUGAUGGCUGAAGCUCUGGCAAUGAUAGAGAGCACUCAGCAGGCUCGCUGCCAGCGUGACAGUGAACAGAUCUCCAGGGAUGGACCUCUGGAGAUUGGCUUCCCUGUUCCUGUGAAGGAUGUGACACCACUUCAGGCCUUGCCAGGCUCAGGAAAAAAAGAGCCACAAGGCAUCUCCUGGGAGACUCCAGUGGAAGGCACAGUGAAGGGAGAGUCUCUCAUAGAGUCAGACUUGGGAGAACAGUCUCAGGAACAGCAGGAGCACCAAGUGCAGUUAAAACUGACCAUUGAAGAUUUUGUCCUGCACAAGAUGCUGGGGAAAGGCAGUUUUGGCAAGGUAUUCCUGGCUGAGCUGAAGAGCACAGACCAGUAUUUUGCUGUGAAAGCCCUGAAGAAGGACGUGGUGCUGAUGGAUGACGACGUGGAGUGUACGAUGGUGGAGAAGAGAGUCCUCUCCUUGGCUUGGGAGCACCCAUUCCUCACUCAUGUCUUCUGCACGUUCCAGACCAAGGAAAACCUCUUUUUUGUGAUGGAAUACCUCAAUGGAGGAGACCUCAUGUUCCACAUCCAGAGCUGCCAUAAGUUCGACCUUCCCAGAGCAACGUUUUAUGCUGCUGAAAUAAUUUGUGGGCUCCAGUUCCUUCAUUCCAAGGGCAUAAUAUACAGAGACUUGAAGCUGGACAAUGUCCUCCUGGACAAUGAGGGGCACAUCAAAAUUGCUGACUUUGGGAUGUGCAAGGAGAACAUGUUUGGAGAUGCAAAGACAAGCACUUUCUGUGGGACUCCUGACUAUAUUGCCCCUGAGAUAUUGCUGGGGCAGAAGUACAACACCUCUGUUGACUGGUGGUCCUUUGGUGUCCUCCUGUAUGAGAUGCUCAUUGGGCAAUCCCCUUUCCAUGGCCAAGAUGAGGAGGAGCUUUUCCAGUCCAUCCGUAUGGAUAACCCCUUCUACCCUCGCUGGUUGGACAAGGAUGCAAAGGACAUUUUGGUGAAGCUUUUUGUAAGAGAACCUGAGAGGAGACUGGGAGCGAGAGGGAACAUCCGCCAGCACGCCUUUUUCCAGGAAAUCAACUGGGAAGCUUUAGAAGAGAGAAGGAUGGAGCCUCCUUUCAAACCAAGAGUGAAAUCUCCAAGUGACUGUAGCAACUUCGACAAGGAAUUCCUAAAUGAAAAACCGAGACUGUCCUGUGCUGACAGAGCACUGAUUAACAGCAUGGACCAAAAUAUGUUCAGCAACUUCUCUUUUGUGAACCCUAAAAUGGAGAAAAUAUUUUCCUGAGAUCUGCCUUACUGAAGGAAUUCUCUGUAAUGAUUUGAGUAGCACUUUGUCAACUGAAGACUGUGCAUGGUUGUUUUUAUCAAGAACCCUCCAGAAAGAAAGCACCUCAGUGAAAGUUUGUACCAUCCCUGGAGGCUUCUGGCUUUUUCCAGUCUAUAGCAGAUGCCAGCCCACUCUUCAUUGAUGAUAAAGUUUCUUUGUGGUA